AUGACGGAAAACACCGAACCCUCUAUCCCUAAACCUGAUCAUGCCUAUUUUUUAGGCUCUAAUGAUAAUCCUGGCACUUUAAUUACCCCUAUACAAUUGAAAGAUGAUAACUUUGAUGAAUGGGCACGCGCGAUACGCAUGUCUUUGAAUGCGAAACGCAAACUGGGUUUUCUCGAAGGCACGAUUGCCAAACCUACCACACCGGACAAAUUGGCUGACUGGAGCACGGUACACUCUAUGCUUGUAUCGUGGUUAUUAAACACUAUUUCUCCAAAUAUUCGAAAUAGUGUUUCGUUUUAUGAAACGGCUCAUGAAUUAUGGGCUCAUCUGAAAGAACGUUACUGUGUUUCUAAUGGCACCCGAAUCUGUCAAUUAAAAUCUCAGAUUAGUGAUUGUAAGCAGCAAUCGAUGGAGUCUUUGGCGGAUUAUUUUGGACGUUUAACUCGUCUGUGGGACGAAUUAUCUUCCCAGGAGGUGGCGCCUACUUGUUCUCGGGGUGGCGCCCAAUGUGAAGUUGUGAGAUUUCUUGAGCAGCAGCGUUCCGACGAUCGUCUGCAUCGUUUUCUGUUAGGGCGUGAUGAUUGUUAUGGCCCCUUGCGUUCGAAUCUUUUAGCGCAAGCCCCCCUUCCCACUGUGGCUCGCGCGUAUCAGAUCGUGGCUCAAGAGGAGCGUUUGCGGGGCACUCGGUCUUCCUCCCAACCCUCGCCGAGUGAUGCCCUGGCUUUCAAGGUCGAUAGCCGGUCGAAAUCCCGGACUCCCAGUGAUUCGGUUACGUGUUCGAAUUGUCAUCUGGAGGGACAUGAUCUAGCGGGUUGUUUUGAGUUAAUAGGUUAUCCCGAGUGGUGGGGGGACCGUCCUCGUGGCAGGCGUGGCGGGGUGGUGAACAGAGGCGGCCGGGCUGGUCGCGGCCGUGGAGGCCGAGGCGCGCCACCAGCACGCGCCAACAAAACCGUGGCUGCCGGAGGUGGCGCCACCGACAAACCCAGUGGCGGGGCUUCUAUGCCCCGCGAUCCUGCAGGUGCCGGCCUUGCAGGGAUUUCCUCAGAUCAAUGGCAGAAUUUACUUGAUUUACUGAACUUGCCUAAACCGAAGGAUCGUCUGACGGGUGAGUGUUUAUGGAUUAUUGAUACGGGUGCUACACAUCAUGUCACAGGGCAAUUUUCGCAGUUGUGUACGUCCAGAAAAAUUACGGGAUGUCCAGUAGGGUUGCCAGAUGGUAGUUCUGCACAGGCUACUCAUGAAGGAGAAGUGUUAGUUGAAUCUGACAACUGCAUUGUUCAGUUCACUAAAUCAUUAUGUGUUUUACAGGACCGCAGGACGAGGACGCUGAUUGGAGCGGGUGAGCGGGAAGAUGGACUUUUCUUUUUCCGGGGUGUUCCUACUGUGAAGAUACAUGCUGUAGAUGGGCUGGCAUCGAUUGAUAUCUGGCAUAAGCGAUUGGGUCAUCCUUCGGAGAAAGUUUUGAGGCAUCUACCCUGUGUGAGUCCUUCCAGUAGUAGUAGUUGCAAUAAAGAUGGGUGCGAUGUGUGUUUUCGUGCUCAUCAACCUAGAACUUGUUUUCCUAGGAGUACUAGUAGGGCUAGUAGGAUGUUUGAACUAAUUCAUUCCAUAUCAAAAACGGAUUAA